CGGCAGCGCAGCGGUUGUAAACAAAAAUGGCGUCCGCCUUGGAGAAUCUGGAGGCUCAGUUGGAACUCUUCAUCGAGAACGUACGGCAGAUACGCAUUAUAGUGAGCGAUUUUCAACCUCAAGGGCAAAACGUACUGAAUCAGAAGAUUCAAGGUUUAGUCAAUGGCCUACAGGAAAUUGACAAGCUGAAGUCUCAGGUGCAAGAUGUUCACGUGCCGCUGGAAGUAUUCGAUUAUAUCGACCAAGGGAGAAAUCCUCAGUUGUAUACCAAAGACUGUAUAGAGAAGGCCCUGACGAAGAAUGAACAGGUGAAGGGAAAAAUUGAUGCCUAUAGGAAAUUCAAGGCGAACAUGCUGGUGGAGUUGAAUCGAGUUUUCCCGAACGAACUGACGAAAUACAGAGCUAUUCGCGGAGACGAAUAGGGGACAACCUAGCUUCAAGGACCAAGAAUUUCACAGAAAUGUUUCUUUGCGAACGCUGCCACAUGAUGUGCAAUUUAUGUUGUCUUGAUAACCUCUAUUUAUUAAAGAACAUACUUCCUAAGCAU